CUGUGGGCUGAGACCAAUGGCUCUUAUUUAGGAACUAAACUUAAGUCCGAGUCUCAGAUUUCAUUAAAGAGUAUUCAAGCAACACCGGCAGUCUGCGAAUAUUUUAUUUUCUCAGUUUGUUAUAAAAGAGCGCGAUUUAUGUUAUAAGUUUACGCAGAAAAGACAUGAACAUUUUGUCAUUCCAAUGCGUUUCGUGGCUCGUAUUAAGCUUCACUGGUCUGUUCGUCGCUGCUCUGGAGAAAGAAAUCUUCUCGAACGAACUCUUUGAUAAUUUUCUGGAGGAUCUACGAGACCUGUCAGAUGUCAACAAAGCCAACGUCAAGUUUUCUCUGAGAAGCCCGUCCCAUCCAGAUGAAGACGUGUGUUACAUUGUGCAUGGCAAACCAGAGACUCUCAACAGCUGCAGCUUCAAAAACACUUCAAAAACCUUUAUGGUCAUUCAUGGGUGGACGGUAAGUGGAUUGUUUGAGAGCUGGGUUGAGAAACUAGUUGCUGCACUUUAUAACAGGGAGAAGGAUGCUAACGUCAUUGUUGUGGACUGGUUGGACAUGGCACAGAACCAUUAUGUGGUGGCAGCACAUAACACGAAGAUGGUGGGACAAGAGAUCGGACUGUUCAUAGACUGGUUAGAGGAGACUGCCAGGAUUCCUCUGGAGAAGUUGCACCUCAUUGGCUACAGUCUUGGUGCCCACGUUGCAGGUUUUGCAGGAAAUCAUGCAACCAAUAAAGUUGGACGAAUCACAGGUCUAGACCCAGCUGGACCAGAUUUUGAAGGGGUCCACGCCCAUGGACGACUGUCUCCAGAUGAUGCCCAUUUUGUAGAUGUCCUCCACACAUUCACCCGAGGUUCCCUGGGUCUCAGUAUUGGCAUUAAGCAGCCAGUUGGCCAUGUGGAUAUAUACCCUAAUGGAGGAAGCUUCCAGCCUGGUUGCAACAUGAGAGGAGCGCUGGAGAAAAUAGCCAGUUAUGGAAUAUUUGCCUUAAAUAAUGCCAUCAGAUGCGAGCAUGAGCGGUCCGUCCACCUGUUCAUCGACUCCCUGCUGAAUGAGGAAGAAGCUAGCAGAGCGUACAGCUGCGGGAGCAAUGACAUGUUCGACCGCGGCAUGUGCCUCCAGUGUCGCAAGAACCGCUGCAACACCGUGGGCUAUGACGUCAGCAAAGUUCGUAAGGCAAGAAGCAUCAAGAUGUUCACCAAAACAAGAGGCUCCAUGCCGUUCAGAGUUUUCCAUUAUCAGCUGAAAAUCAACUUCCUUGGAAAAAUAAAUCAAUUAGCGAUGGAGCCAGAACUGACAGUCUCAUUUUACGGUACCAAUGGCAAAGCAGAAGAUCUCAAGUUGAACAUACAGGAGAAGAUCACCCCCAAUAAAACUCAUUCUUUCCUGGUGGUAACCGAGAAGGACAUUGGAGAUCUUCUGAUGCUGAAGUUUAAAUUGGAGGAGUCCACAUCCUCUUUACUCUCUCUGCUCUCCUCGUGGUGGUAUACAGAUUCUGCUAAUUCUGGCAUACAGGUCCAUAAAAUCAGAGUCAGAGUUGGGGAGACACAAAAGAAGAUUGUGUUGUGUUUGAAAGAUCCCCAAACAGGAAGUUCAUCUCAGGAUGUUGUAUUUGUGAAAUGCAAGGAGCCAUGGAGGUAUUUAUCUAAAAGGCCCAAACUGAAAAGCCAAUGAAAGGAUUUACAAGUGAAUUUGAUAAAGCACUUCAACAAAUAUAUUUAUAGAGCUGUUAUUUAUUAAGACUUCAACUGCACUGUCUGUACUGUAUUGGAUAUAUGAUGUGUUGCUAUGAAUGUGAUUCAUGCAAAUGGAUUGUGGACUUUUGUAUUAGAGUAAGCCAUAGGCUUGAAAAGCCUUGAAAUGUGAUUGAUUUUAUGAAAUAAUAUUGGAUUAUCUGUUUUACGAAAUAAUUUAAGCAUUUUGUACGAAAUUAUAAUCAAGAAGUUUAACAUUAUUGGUCCAUUUAGCCUACCAUUGUUUUGGCAAAUUUUCGCGGGCAAAAUCCAGUCACUUCAAUAGGAAUCCAUGUGAUUAAGAAUAUCACGUGAGGGCAAAAUAUUUCCACACACACAUUUCAUAAUGGGUUAGUCUCGCAAAUUCAUCAUGUUAACAGUGUUGCCAAAAUAGAAAUUUUGUUGCUAAAUUUAGCAACUUUCCAGACCACCCUAGCGACUUUUUUUCCUAAAGCACCAAGCAACAAAUUUAGCUAUUUAAAAAUUUAUUUGGCAACUUUUAGAAACUUUUGAUAAGUGACUCAAACGAUAAAAAGGCACACAUUUUCAAUCUAAAUUACACAAAAAUAGGGAACCAAAAAUUCCUAGCAGUACACACAUCACAUGAAAUUUGAAAGCUGCUAUUUGCAAUCGUUUAAUUUAAUAAUAAUAAUAAUAUUGAAUAAUUAAAUAAUUGUACAUUUGUGAUGCACCUUGUUAGUAGCUUGUUCCUGCGAUAUGGAAAUCAAUACGGAUUCCUCCAUAAUAACAUAGUAGAUUGUGCCCUAUUUUUACAGACUUUUCUUAGAGUGUAGCAUACUAACUACUAAUACACUGUUUAAAAGUAUAAUUGUUCAGAAUGUGUAGUUUCGUUUACUGGGUAAUAAAAAAAUCGUAAAUUGUAAUCAUUCAAAAAUGUGUACGUUUUCAAUAAUUCAAUGUAUUUAAAAAUAGUUAUUUAUAUUUUAAUAUCAUAUGCAUUUAUAUUAUUUUUUGAACAAAUCUAAAUUAACAUAUAUAAAAUAUAUUUUUUGCUGUAAUUUGAUGUAGUGACAAUUUUGCGUUGCUAUUACAUAAUGACGUCAUCGCGCAAUGACAUCACAACGUCAUUUACCAACAAAUCAACCUACCUUUAGCAACUUCCCCAGAAAAUUAGUUGGCAACACUGCGUGUUAAAGCUGCUUGGUUUGAAAGUUACGUUUGUUUCAGCUGUUUGAACAUUGCUACCCUAUAAGCAAUAGACCUUUUAGCCUGCGAAAUUUGUCUUGAGUAUGUCCGGAUAAAAUAUUAUUAGGUAAGAAACAGUGGUUUAAUUUUGACUGAAUUAUCUGUCAACAAGGACAACAUUUAGGGUACAUUUUCUCUGAGGAAAAUGUAAACACACAAUAUCAUCCCUGCUGAACAACAACAACAACAA